GGUUGCCUGUUUACUUUCACUUUCCCUGUUCCUCAGAGGCUGCCCUUGUCGGGGGGAGAGAUGGGGCGGGUGCCGGUGGAACAAACAGGGAUUAUUCCAUUUCUCCCAGCACCCCGAGAAGAUCGGAGGGUUUGAUGCCUUUGGGGUGGAAGAUGUCCGACAAGCCUGCAGCGUAAUGGGAACCGGCCCCGCAUUGUCACUUCACUCGCUCGCUCUGUGGACCCUCUACAGGGUGAUCAUGUCACAGUCAUCCAUCACAGCUCAGUGCGGCGAGGAUGUCACCCUGAGCUGCACCUUUCCCACACUCGGCUUGGCAGCAAAUCAACAAGUGAACGUCACCUGGAAGAAGCCAAGAGCCGAUGGACCAGAUCUGCUGGUCCACAGCUACUCUUUGGGAAUGGAGAAACAAUCUGAGGCUUACAGGGGGCGGACGCAGCUGGAUCCAGAAGGAUUCGCCAAAGGGGACGCGUCCCUGAGACUGAGGGAUGUUCACAUUCAGGACGAGGGGUCUUAUAGCUGCUUCGUCAACUCUGAGCUGGGCCCGCGGUCUGAGGAGACAUCGCUGACAGUGCUGAGGGCAAGACAACGAGAGUCGCCCAUUGUAGUUCAGGAAGGGGAGGACAUCACUCUCAGCUGCUCCUUCGAACCUGAGCGAAACCUGCAGCUGUUGAACAUCACCUGGAAGAAGGAAACAGCGGAGGGACGGGAUCUCCUGGUUCACACGUACUAUAAGGGGAGGGACCAGAGGCUGAGACAGAAUAAGGCUUACCGGGGCCGGACCCAGCUGUAUCCGGAGAGAUUCCACGAGGGAAUUGCGUCCCUGAGACUCAAGAACGUCCAGCUGGCGGAUGACGGGGUCUACACCUGCCACGUCAAGCCCCAACUGGGCACAUUUUCCGUGCGGAUGAGAGUGACCGUGGAGAAGGGUGCCAGGUGUGUCUGGUUCUAUUGGGCACCUCUUCCUCUUCUACUUCUUCCUCUUUCCCUGUUGGUAAUGCUUAUCAUCAUUAAAAUGCGUCGUCUUCCCGGCCGAUGGAAACUGAGGCCAUCCAAACACGCCUUUGGAUUGGAGGCUGACUAUGAGGAGGGAAGAGCGCAGGCCGGAAGCCUAUUUCUUGUGGGACUUAAGAGUGGAUGAUACCAAACAGACUCUAGAGUCCCGGCAGACACCAGCCUGGGAUGAAAGACAUGCAUGGGAGAAGCCUGAACAGCCCAAAUUCUCCCGUGGAAAGUCUCCUGCGAAGGAAAAGGAUCCCAGAAAUAUUGCCCAGAAGCCUAGCAAAAAAGGCCAGAGGCUGGACUCUGACGGGGAUAGCGUCGAUUCCUGGAUCUACACGUUUACUUCUGACACAAGUGACCUUUCUGAAGCAGAUUCUGCAUGGCAGGAGGAUGGGGGGUCAUCACAAAACACCAUGCGAAGCGUCGCUCUCCUGGGGCAGACGGGCGCUGGGAAAUCAUCCUUUGUCAAUGUCAUUAGAGGCCUGGGUGAUGAAGAGGAAGGUGCUGCUAAAACUGGGGUGGUGGAAACGACAAUGGUACCAACUUCUUAUCAGCUUCCCAAACAACCCAAUGUUACCAUAUGGGACCUGCCGGGGUUCGGGUCAAUGACACGUCAAUCAGACAUGGACCACGAUCUCUUCAGUUUGAGCCAAUACAAUGUGUUCCUCAUCUUCUCCUCCCGUCACUUCACAGCCACCCAUGCUGGCCUGGCCCGGAAGAUCCAGCGAGCAGGGAAGAAGGUUUAUUUUGUGCGCUCCAAGGUCGACAGGAACUUGCUUGCUGCCCGGAGGAAUCGGCCUUCUACCUAUAAUGAAGAGCAAAUUCUGCAGAGAAUCAGAGACACUUGCGUGAAAGACUUGCAGAGAGAAGGGGUGACUUCCCCACAGGUCUUUCUCCUGUCUAACUUUGAAUAUGGCCGGCACGACUUUCCUCUCCUAGAGGAAAUAUUACAGCAAGAACUGGGGAGUCGUUUGGCUGGCUGAGCUCUUGUUCCCCAAAAAUCUUGCACAAGGAAAAAGCAGCCAUGCAGAGUCAGAAACCAGCCCUUGCUUCAAAUUAUAAUACUGAAAAUAUUCAUAUAAAUCUCCAAGAGGACCUGGCAGAACCAGAGGGGGUUUAGAGAAGAACCAUGAGAAUGAUCAAGGGAUGAGAAAAACAUGCUUAUGGAGAAAGAUUGAAAAAAAAUUGGGGUUCCCUUAGAAAGGAGACGAAGAAGAGGGGACAGCAUAAAAGUCUAUAAAAUAAUGACGGGGACAGAGAAGUGAGAUCCGGAGCUUCUGUCUUCCCUGUCCCCUAACUCAAGAGCAAGGGAGCAUUUAAUAAAAGUAAAGGUUGGGAAAUUCAAACCCGAGGAAAGGAGCUCCUUUUUCACACAGCGUGUGGAACUCACCUAAGUUCCCUCUAAGCUGCAUGGCCAUGCUACCUAUUAAGCCCCGCACAGGGGUUCAGGGCUGCUGUGGGGAGAGAUGCCUCUCUCCAAGCCCUGAAGCUGUGGCGGCCCGGGGAGAGGAGCCUCUGCCAGCCGGCCCCAACCCAGCGCUUCUGUGGCUGGGGAAGAGGCACCUCUGCCCGCCAGCCCCAAACUGGAGCUGUUGCAGCCGGGGGAGUGGCGCUCUCCCCCGGCAGGGCCUAUUGGAGCUGCCGGGGCAGGAGAGAGGUGCAGCUCAUCUGACCCCAAGCUGCUGCGCUGAGAGAGGGCUGGGGGUUGUCUUCUCUCCCUGGGGCAGCCCCACCCCAGAGUCCACACCCCCAGCCAGAGCCCUCACCCCAGACCCCAAACUAUUGCCCCAUCCCUGAGCCCCCUCCUGCACCCUGAACCCCUCAUUCCCCACCCCAGAGCCUGCACUGCCAGCCGGAGCCCUCACCCUCCUGCACCCAAAUCCUGGGCCCUAGCUCUGAGGCCCUCUCACCGCACCCCAACCCCUCAGCCCCAGCCCCACCACACACUGUCCAUGUGUGGAGUAACUUUUGUUAUGUGCACCAAUAUGGAGGUGAUGUAUCAUAGUGGUGCACAUAACAAAAGUCAUUCCACAUGCGGACAUAAACAAUUAAAGGGAACACUGGAACUCACCACCCCAUGAUGUCGUUUGGGGGUUGGACUAGAUACCUCCUGAGGUCACUUCCAACCCUGAUAUUCUAUGAUAUUCUACGAUUCAGUUAAGGCAAAGAGUUUAACAAGAUUCACAGGGAUUGGCCAUUUGUACAUCUAAUGAGAAUAGCCAGAGCGAUCUUAGAAAAUGACAACAAAAUGGUGUUGUUUGUAGCGUUGUUGUAGCCGUGUUGGUUCCAGGAUAUUAGAGAGACAAGGCGGGAGAGGGAAUAGCUUUUAUUGAACCCACUUCUGCUGGGGAGAGAGACAAGUUUCGGGGCUGACACAGAGCGCAUCUUCAGGUCUGGGAAAGGCAUCAGAAUAUCACAGCUAAAUACAAGCUGGGACACAUUGUGUAGCAUAUUGAGCAAUAACAAGUACGUGGGUGAACCGAGACAAUCACUGCGCUCUUUGAACUGAUACGAAACCAAAAUGGUGUUUAUCCAGCACAUCCCGCCAGAACACCAGAAACGUUUACUUGUAUCUACACCGAGCGGUAACGCUGACGGCAGGGGUGUGGUUUCUAAACCGCACUAUCAUGUGGCGCAUUAAUUUCUCUGUGUAGGCGCUGCUGGUGUGCACUAGUGGAUCGCUAGUGUUCUUUGCGAAGGUGCUGUUUGAAACAGUACUGCAGUAAACGUGCACCAGGAAACAUUACAAAGAGAGAUUGUUCAUUACAGGCGUGGAAGGAUUUGUUUUUACUGGUAAAUGUCGGUAAGCGUCAAUUUCACUGGACACCCACAAAUGGAGGAAAAAAUAUUUCCAUUGAUAAUAACUGAAAUGUACAGACCGGUAGAGUCAGAGAAACGCUGCUUGAGAACUUAUCAGAGUUUGAUUUAAGACUGUUUACUUGGUGUAUUUUGACAUGUGAUAUUGACAAUUUUUGUUUUAAUGGUUAUAAAGCUUUCACUUUUUGAAUCUCAGCAUCUACUGUCAUUAAACACUUAGUAUCUGAUCCCCCUUCAUAUUUUCCCACUGUGACAGGUUGGAUCACAGAAACCACCUGGGAGCUGCCACCU